AUGGCCGUGACCGCGCCUCGCUCACCGGCAGCCGCCGAGCAACGCAGCCACCGCUGCCUGUGCUGCUGAUCCUGCUGCUGCUGCUGCCGCUGCCACUGGUGAUCCCGCUGCUGCUGCUGCAGCUGCCACUGCUGGUAUUGCGACUGCUGCUGCUGCUGCUGCAGUCCAUCUCCCGGAACAGCCAGCACCAAGUUCUCCAGGCUGUCCGCAGAAUGCGGCAGGAGUCCCAGAGGUCACCGCAGCGAGACUGAGCGUGGACACCGACAAAUAACAAGCCAAGGUCGCUGGGGAUUUGUAAAAGCAGCCUUUCCAGGUUUCUUUUCCGCUUUGCUCGCCUCACCCUGCUGUUGGAUUUGAGAUCAUGUCAGUUAAUAUUGUAGCUUUUGGGAAUGAAAGAGAUGGUUUUUCUGAGGACAGCCAGCAGCCCAGCCUGAUCUGGAGCUAUCUCGGGAGAAGUGCUCUCAUUUCCCAGAUCGACAGAAGCUUGUCUGCCAGUCACGUUGGAAACCCAGUUUUUACUGAAUAUCAAGCCUGCGUGUUUGGAAAUGUCAGACUGGUGGUACACGACUGUCCUAUCUGGGACAUAUUUGCUAGUGACUGGUACACCUCUUGCAGACUCAUUGGAGGAGCUGAUAUUAUUGUGAUUAAAUAUUCUGUCAAUGACAAGACUUCAUUUCAAGAACUAAAGGACAGUUAUGUCCCGAUGGUAAAAAAAGCAUUAAACCACUGCUCAGUUCCAGUAAUAAUUUCUGCUAUUGGUGCAAGAAAAAAUGGAGUGCCUUGCACCUGUCCCCUGUGCACUUCAGACAGGAGGAGCUGUGUCACAACAUCUGAGGGAGUUCAACUUGCAAAGGAACUAGGAGCCACUUACCUGGAACUGCACACUCUUAAUGACUUCUACAUACAGAAGUACUUUGGAGGAGUGCUGGAAUAUUUUAUGAUUCAAAGUUUGAAUCAGAAGUCAUCUGAAAAAAUGAAGAAAAGGAAAAAGAUUCAGAAGUGCCAUCGAGUCCAACCACCUCAGCUUGAACAGCCAGAAAAAAUGCCAAUCCUGAAGGGUGAAGCCUCUCACUACAACACAGACCUGCACAACCUGCUCUGUGGCUGCCAGUGCGCUGACGUGGCCUUCUACCCCGAGGACCUCAGCACAGUGGCAGAGGCCCACAAGGUCAUCCUCUGCUCUGUCAGCCCCCUCUUCAUGCUGCUCUUCGGGGUGAAAAGCCCCGCCGACAUCCCUGACACCUCCAUCGUGCAGAUGGCGCGGAGUCUCUUUGCUGUGGAGGCGGGAGCUGCCUCCCCCCUGGCCCCCUGUGGAGCCCCACCCUGCAUCCUGCCCAUCAGAGUGGUGGUGAAGGACUCUGUCUUCUGCUCUUGUCUCCCUGACAUCCUCCUCUUCAUUUAUUCAGGUGCUUUCCAGUGGGAACGAUUAGAAGAGGAUAUAAAAAAGAAGUUGAAGGAUCCAGAAAAAACUGAACAAGUGCUUGAGAAAGUUAAAUGCAUCCUGAAAACUCCAGGGAAGCAAAAUUCUGUAAAGGUCUGCAGAUCUCACCAGAUAAAACAAUUGUAUAAUACUUCCCUCAAGCUGUUCUUUAACACACCUGUCCUAGCUGAUGUCAUCUUCAAAAUACAAGGUGCAACUGUACCAGCCCACAGGGCAGUUCUGGUGGCUCGCUGUGAGGUUAUGGCAGCUAUGUUUAAUGGUAAUUAUCUAGAGGCAAAUAGUGUCCUAGUUCCAGUGUAUGGGGUUUCCAAAGACACUUUCCUCUCCUUUCUAGAGUAUCUUUAUACCGACUCCUGCUGCCCAGCCAGUAUUCUCCAAGCUAUGUCUCUGUUGAUCUGUGCAGAGAUGUACCAAGUAAUGAGACUUCAGCAUAUUUGUGAGCUUUAUAUUAUCACUCAACUUCAGAGCAUGCCUAGCAGGGAACUGGCAUCCACCAGUCUCAGUAUUGUUAGCUUGCUCAAAAAAGCUAAGUUUCACAAUUCUGAUUGCCUUUCAACAUGGCUUCUUCAUUUUAUUGCCACUAACUACCUCAUCUUCAGCCAAAAACCUGAAUUUCAAGAACUUUCAGUGGAGGAGCGCAAUUUCGUAGAGAUGCACCGAUGGCCUUCCAAUUUGUACCUGAAGCAGCUUGCUGAUUACAGGAACUAUAUCCACUCUCAGAAGUGCCACUGCACAGUAAUGUAAGGAGACUGAGCACAUGCAAAGUGCAUCUUGACUGUGAAAUCUCGGAUUGGGGAUUAUACAGAACAUAAAAAUCAUGUCAAGAGUGAAACCAGAUGCUGACCUCCUCUGGAACGCUCCAUGCCAUGCUGUAGUGCACUGACAGACAUUCUUUGUUUUGCUGAUAAAUCAUUCUAAUUUUUUUCUUAAAUCAUUGAGAAAUGCAUCUUGAAGAUUUAUUUCAAGCACAAAGACUUCCUAUCUGUGGGGAUUAAAUGUAGUGUGGAACAGCCUCGUCUGUUCCACCUUCUAAUUUCUUUACUGUUUAUUUUACUGAUUUUCAUGGUUAUUUAUGGCUGCUAAACUCGAAUCUGUUGAAAAAAAGACUGGUUUUGUAAAUCUGUUUAUAAUAGCACAGUAGCAGCGCAGGGAAGCUGAGAAGCCAAAUCGUAAAUUCCUUAUACAUUUCAGAAUGCAAAAAUUUAUUGCAGCAUUUGUUGGUUUGCAAGAUAAAAGAUAGGCUUAUUAAGCAUUUUAGUUACUAUUAGUUGUCUAUUUCAAGAUUAGUCUGUAGUUCUCUUACAAUCCUGUGAGUAGAUACUUUAAUCCCAGAGAAAUGCGUAUACAUCACUGUAUUCUCUAGUGCCUCCCAAAUGUCUAAAAAUUGAAAUAAUUUUUCCUGCCAGUAAAUAGGAGAAGAAAGCCUGUUUUAACAAUCUGUAAACACCUUUGUUAGUGUGGUCGUGUUAUAUUUUUUUCCCCAUGAGGAAUAAAACCAAGGAGAACUACAUCUACUCAGAGCAUACCCAUACGGUAUGAUGGACUGGGAAGAAAGGGAUAUGGGUCAACAGCCUUUCUGGGAGAAAACUCACUGGCAGAGGUCCCUUUUUUGGGAGAAGUGGGUCUUGUAAUCAUAGGCCCCCACAACAGCUGACAGCACAAAUGUCAGGUGUGCUGGUCUUGGAGGAGAUAACCCUUGUGGAUACACCAGAUGGGCAAGGGGUGUCAGCUUCUGUGGUGGGACUUUAAGCUUGACCCUCCCCAUUGAGGACUCAGUUCAAGUUGAAUUAUCUUCAUGUGCUCAAAAGCUACACCGUGUGAAACAAACCUGGCUGUGGAUUCUUUGAUAUAACAGAGAAAUCUUGAAUAUUAUGACUGGGAUGACCCUUGCAGAUGCUAAUAUUGCUUUCUUGACCAAAAUUAUGUCAUGCUACUAACUUAUGGGUAUACAUAGUACUAAUGCCAAAAUGAACCCAACCUUUACAUGGGUACCUACUUGAGCACAGUGGCUUUUCUAUUACAAAAUCUUAUCCAGGAACUAUAUGCUUCGUUAUCAUGCUCGUACUUUCAAUUUUGCUUUUUCAUUUUGGUAUGUAGUCUGAGCCUAGAAAGAUAAAGGAAAUACACAGAAAAAACUCCUCAGUGUUUCCUCAGAAUUCACAGCACACCACAUCAAAUGUACCUGGAAACUGCAUCUGUGAGAAGAAGGGGGAAAAGCAAAUUGAUGGAGCUGAACCUUUUUUUUUUACUUUAGCUGUAAGACUUUUUUUUUAUAUUUCAAUACAGUUUUAUAAGUGAAUUGUUCUUUUCAAAUUCCAUGCUAGAGUCAUAGAGAUAUUUUUUUUUCUGGUGAUACUUUGCAGAGCUUUAGAGGGUACUUCCUUUGUUAUUUUUGUAUACACAAAAAAAAAUAAAAAAGAGCUUGUAACUCAGCUGGCUGCUGCAGGCUCAAAAUUCUGAGGUUACUUUUAUGCAAGAAUGAUAGUUUUUAUUUUUUUUAAAGCUUUACAUCUGAAGAUCCUAAAAUUCUUUAAAAGUUGAGAUAUGCUUAUCUAUGCCUUGCAUAUAAGGAGUCUGAAAGAUAAAGAACUACAUUGCCUUUUCAAGAUCACUAAAGAAAACUGAAAUCAUUAAAGAUAAAAAUGAGUGGGAAACUUACAUGUAUGGAACUUAAAUGUGGAAAAGAUCAUUUUUGUAAAUAUGUAGCUAUAAAAAAGCAUAAGUUAGGGUUAUGUGUGAUACGAAUAAAACUGUAAGUUUUUUGAUGCUUAAAGCCUUGGACAACAAUGAGCAUACAGCAGAACUCCAGCUUGCCUGGACACCUGAUAGCACUUGCUUCUACCAGCAGCCAGCUCAGUUAUUAAAAAUGGGGACUAUAUUGCCUCCUACUGAUUUCCUGUGCAGAACUGAUACAAAAGCUGUAUCAGCUCUGUGAAGGCUUGUCUGAGUUGCAUGUAGUCCUGAACUUUUAACACUUUGAAAGCUUUCCCAGGUGUUUUGCUAGAAGUCAGUCUGUUGCCAAUGAUUUGUGUAUGGAUAACAGUAAGAAAAUACUGGUUUUAACUGUCUGUAAAUGUUUUAUAGGCGUUUAAAAAUAGGCUUAAUGGAAAUAAAAACACUGCAUAUCCAACCCAGAGAAAUAUUUUGCUAUUAUGCAUUCUAUGCAGUGGUAGCCACAGGUUUUAUACAGAGAAGUCAUGUAGUGUAAAAAUAUUUAUUAUUUAUUCACAGAUUGAUGCAUACUACUAUUCAGACAUUAAAACAACUUUCCAUUUUACUCAGUGUCCCCAUAAUGCUGCCUGUGUCAGGUGCAGAUGUGCUGUACUUGCAGACAUAGACCAUCUGAUAAAUUUUAAUUCUUAGAAGAAUUCUUACUAUAAAUUCUUAUUUUCAUUCUCAAUGAUGAUUUUCUGUAGAAAUGUAUUUAUCAUAAAGAUAUUUUUAAACCUGAUACUUUAGCAUUCAGAAGCAUGACUGAAAAUACAUCAUGAUGCUUUGUGAGUUGCUGGUGGUGGCUGUAUGUUAUAGAGGCUUUAGGACCAUAUCCAUCAUAAAUAGUUGGGAAUUAGAGCAGUAAUGGAUUUGGUAUUUAUUAAUAACUUUGUAUGGUAUAAAGUAAAAAUUGCUCUGAUUUGAACCCCCACGCUUUAUACUAUGAUACAAAGUAAAAAUCAGAAACCAACUAAAAAAAAAGUUAUUUAAGAAAAUGGUUUUGAAAAAGUAAAAUAUCUGAGGAAUGCCUGCCUCCAUUGGUUCCAGCAUCUCUCAGACUCCCCUGGCACUGGCAGCAUUGGAAUCAGAGAAGGUCAGUGGUGAAUUUGGGUGCCCUUAGGCAGCCCUUGCAGCAUUAGAGAUUAUAUAUUCAGGCUUAAGUUUAAGUGGAGGUGUGACUCCUGAGUCCUUCAUUAGAGCUAACUCUCAAAAUCCACUUUUAGAAGACAAUUUUUUGAAUAAUGGAUUACACCGUAUAAUUGUUGCUGUACCAAUAUGUGUGUGUGUGCUUGUCCCAAACUAAACUAAGCUUUAUAGAGACCAAUGAAGUCUGCCUUCUGCACUAAUAAUAUAUUCCACAUGAUAGUUAGAAAACCUCUGCUAUCGUCCUUAGGCCAUGGUGCAUUUGAUUUGAAAAAAAACAAACUAACUGUUAGAAAGAAGAACGACUAUUUUAUCAGGCAUCCUGAAACUCCUGUAUGUUUUUCUUUUAAAAUACCCUGCCUAAAUUACAUAUUUUUAGAAUGAACAUGUAAAAUUUUGAUACAAAAUAAAAAAUUUUCUCUAGUC